CAGGAAGUGAAGCAUACGAAAUAUUAGGAGAAAAGGAACAUUUCAAAAAUCGUAGCAAAUCACCAAAAUUUAUGGGAAAUCAAGUAAGUUAUGAUGAAACAGACUCAAUAUUGGUGGAGCCGUGGGGAGGCAAAGGUGGAUUGGAGUGGAAUUAUAAGCUAAAAAGUCCUAUUAAAGAAAUAGUUAUUGCUCAUGGAUCGAUUAUAGACUCCAUCAUGUUCAGAACCAUUACUAAAGAAGGUACCAUAGUUGAUUCACCAAAGUUUGGUGGCAAUGGGGGAGGUCGAAGAGACAAGGUUAAUAUUGAGGCGACCCCAUUGGAAUAUUUGACAGGCAUAAAGGGUACAUUGGGACAUUAUGGCAGCAAUUUAGUUGUAAAAUCUCUAAGUUUUAUAACUAAUGGAAAGAAUUAUGGACCAUUUGGGACUGAAGCUGGUGGAACCCUAUUUUCGCUUGUGAUGAAAGAAGGUGGAGCUAUUGUUGGAUUUCACGGGCGUUCUGGGUUGUACCUUGAUGCUAUUGGUGUUUAUUUGCAGAAACUUACUCCUCCGACUUCGACAAAGGAACCUGAAGCUGAAAAACUUGAGCCGAAUGAACCUAUGGUUGAAAAAAUUGAAAUCCAUGACGUACAUAUUACUUUUUCUCUUAAUUUAAAUCGGAUAAAUUUCAUUUUAGUUAUUACAUUAAAGUAACUAUAAUUUACCCACUAUGACAGAAAGUAUACAUGCCAUAACAAUAAAGUCAUCGUAAUAGGUAGGUUUAAUCAUUUUAAUGGAUAAAUUUUAGUUACUAUAACGUGUCUAAAACUAAUUUAGUGGCUUUAUUGUUACUAGUCUUACGGUACGCGCGUUACGCGUGUACCCUAUAUUGAUGAAAAUUAUUUUUAAAAAUAUAUAAAUAACAUUCAAACAUGGUUUUAGUCCCAAAAAUAAUAUUAAGUAAAAGUUUGAGUUCUUGAAAAUGAUAAAUAUUGAUCAUGAAAUUAAUACACAUAUAAAGAAUUUUA